ACUGUAGCAUGUCUGUCUUUGCAUGCUUGUUUGGGGAAGUUCAUAUUUGCUGGAGUGAAAACAAAACGUUUCCGAAUUUUCACUGUGAGGGUGAGGAAAGGUCAGAGUGACAGACCCCCCCCCCCCUCCUCUCCCCCCUGAGGGGGGUGGGAGAAGAAGGAAGGGGGGUUAGGGAGCCAUUGUGUUUCCCUUAUCAGAGGAAGAGAGAGAGAAGCCUGAUUGACAGCCAGAAAUCUGAUCCUGUGAAAGAGAGCAAAUGGGAGGGGGGAGAUGUAUGGGUUUGGAUAGGAGGCCCCUGGAGGAGAAGAUGAGGAAAAGCCACACAAUUCAGGCUCUGUCAGUGGAGCUUCCAGCUUGCACAGGGGGAAGUGCUGGGAAAUAAUUCAUGUGUUUUAUUAAAUUUGCACAGGGAGCUCGGUGCAGCCGGUCGCCAUCAGGUUGCUUGCAGCUCAGUUCCUGAGGAAAUCAGCAGAUCCAUGCUCGCAGCACCCAGUUCUGACUUAAGAUUUGCCUAAAAGCUUCAGGAUGGAUGGAUUUUAUGACCAGCAAGUGCCUUACAUGGCGAAUAAUAAUCAAAGUGGGAGAAUCUGCCACGAGAGAACAACAAACGUCAGGAAAAGAAAGUUUUUAAAUAGAGACCUGGCUCAUGACUCAGAAGAGCUCUUCCAAGAUCUGAGCCAGCUCCAAGAAACGUGGCUUGCAGAAGCUCAAGUGCCGGAUAAUGAUGAACAGUUUGUUCCAGACUACCAGGCUGAAAACUUGGCCUUUCAUGGUGUCCCUUUGAAAAUUAAGAAAGAACCCCACAGUCCCUGCUCUGAAUUGAACACUGCUUGCAGUCAGGAACAUCCGUUUAAGUUCAGCUAUGGAGAAAAGUGCCUGUACAAUGUCAGUGCCUAUGAUCAGAAGCCGCAAGUUGGAAUGAGGCCCUCCAACCCCCCAACACCCUCAAGCACUCCAGUGUCUCCAUUACACCAUGCAUCACCCAGUACAGCACAGAAUCCAAAACCAGAGCGACUUUUUCCCACUCACCUUCCACCGUCCCAGCCGAUUCCAGACAGCAGUUACUCAAUGGACCACAGGUUUCGCCGGCAGCUCUCCGAACCCUGCAAUUCGUUCCCACCGCUCCCCACACUGCCAAGGGAAGGACGGCCUGUCUACCAGCGACAAAUGUCCGAACCCAGCAUCCAGUUCCCUCCUCAAGGAUUUAAGCAAGAAUACCACGAUCCAGUUUAUGAACAUGGCGCUAUGGUUGGGAAUGCACCAAACCAGAACUUCCCUCCACCGCUUAUGAUUAAGCAGGAGCCAAGAGACUUUGCUUACGACUCUGAAGUGCCUAGCUGCCAUUCCAUUUACAUGAGGCAAGAAGCUUUCCUGGCCCAUCCCAAUGGCGCAGAAGGUUGUAUGUUUGAGAAAGGUCCCCGGCAGUUCUUUGACGACACUUGUGUGGUCCCAGAGAAAUUUGAAGGUGACAUUAAACAAGAGCCGGGGUUGUAUCGCGAAGGGCCGACCUAUCAGAGGAGAGGGUCACUUCAGCUAUGGCAGUUCCUGGUCGCACUCCUUGACGACCCGGCAAAUUCCCACUUUAUUGCUUGGACAGGACGAGGCAUGGAGUUUAAACUCAUUGAACCAGAGGAGGUGGCACGGCGAUGGGGUAUUCAGAAGAACCGCCCAGCUAUGAACUAUGAUAAACUCAGUCGCUCUCUGCGUUACUAUUAUGAGAAGGGAAUUAUGCAGAAGGUCGCCGGCGAGAGAUACGUGUACAAAUUUGUAUGCGACCCAGAAGCACUAUUCUCCAUGGCAUUUCCGGACAAUCAGCGGCCGUUAUUGAAAACAGACAUGGAGCGGCACAUUAAUGAAGAGGACACAGUACCGUUGUCCCAUUUUGACGAAAAUAUUCCAUACAUGUCUGAUGGCGGCUACUGCAAUAGUCAUCCAUACAAUGAAGGAUACGUUUACUAAACGAUAAAGACAUGAAACUCUGAGGAUCGUUACACUUUUCUUCGCAAGAUCCAAGAAAAGCAAAAUAUACUUUUUUUUAUAUAUAUACAUAUAAAUAUAUAUAUAUUUAGUAGUUCAUAAAUGGGCUUUUCCUGUUGCAUAUCUCCUAUGGUCUGCCAUGGACAGAGCACUUUAUUUGUGGGACAGGGGAUGAAAUGUAGUGUAAACAAUGUAUGUAACAGGACAAUGAAAAGAUUGAUAUAAUAUUCCUUUUAUGCUUGGGAAGGGAAUUUAAAGCUUACGGUACACCGUUACUAAGUCAUGCCUAUUUCUUAUAUCCCCCACCUCAUCCGUUUAAGAUCUCAUGAUAUAUUGUACAUUCAUUUUUCUACAAACGCAGGGUACAGUUAAUUUUUAUUGUAUAAAUAGCGAUUUGUUUAAUUUUAGGCAUUGUCAAUGGUUUUUUGUUUUCUUUUUUCUCUCUGUUUGAGAUAUUUUCUAAGAACCCAGAAAAUGAUUUCAGAUUUAUUUGUAGAUUAUAUUUAUUUGCCUUUAUAUUUUGCUUUGACCUAAGUUGCUGUAUGGAUUAGUUGCAAAAAACAUUCUGGCAGCCGGGCAACAAGCCUUCAUGUACCACUCAAUCUUCAAUGCCAGUUGCAGUACGUGGAUGAGCUUCUGUAGACACACGCUAUUCAUCACGAAGGAAAUAACUGCACACUUGAGUCAAGGUCUUGUGUGCAUAAUGGACGGGGUGAAGAGCAGAAUCCAAGAUCUGUAUCUAAGGCCUGUCCAAGAUCUGUAUAACAAUUUCAGUCACCUCCUGUCCCAAAUCCCCAAACGCAAGUAAGGGGUACACUGUCAAACUAUAGUGUAGCGGCUCAGUCCAGAUGGUUAAGCAGAACCUUCUAGAAACUCUGUUGGUAAGUGACCCACCCAAAAUAGAAGGUUGCCCAAAAGAGAAUGAGCCUUUAUACACUAGCCAUUUUUACCUAGCAUGGAAAAAGCCUUCAGUGAAUUAGUCCAAUACAACAUCAAACAUCUUACUAUUUCUAGUGUGAUGAUAAAGAAGACCUCAGUCCAAACCCUAAUUUAGGUAGAUCCCCAAUGCUGCAUUUUAAGAUCAUCUGCAGGUAGCACUUGCCUAUGAAACAUUUACGAACCUCUCGAUCCACCAAGCCUUCAUCCAUCAGUGGCUCAUCCUCGUAUCCUUUGUAGUUUUGUUUCAAUAAAGCAUGUUGCGGCAUCUCUCGGAUAUGAAUUGCUCAGUGCAUGCUAAUGAGAGGUGGUUUGCGGGAGGGGGGGUCCUGUGACUUGUUUUUAAUCAAGUGACCAUAGGCGGUGUACCAUAGACCUCUGCCAGACUGGUGGAAGGAUCAGUGUGUCUAGCACAUCGGGAGAACAAGGCGUUCCAGAUUUCAUCAGAAAAUGACGAACUCCAUGCAAAACUGAUUUUCAAGAUUUGCAUGGAUUUAAAAUAACAUUUAAAUAUACAUUUUUGAAUGUUACAAUAUACAUUUUUAUCUUGUUUUUGAGGCUACAAAAAAAAAAAAAAGAUGUACAAUGCACAGCUUUGAAUGAAGAUGUCCUUGUAAGGAUUAAUGGUGAUAGAUUUAAAAAUAAGUAAAUACAGUAUGAAUAAGUUAUCUAAUCAAUAGGAAUUAACUGUACUUGGUCGUAUGAUGUUAUGCUGUUUGGCUACAGCACGCACUCUUUGGGAAAAAACAAAAAAAUCCAAUACACUCAAUAGAUACUUAAGUCAUUUUAGACACGUUACCCAUUAAUAUGCAUUUAUGCCUUUUACCGCUGUGUUAUGUUCAUAACAUGUAUAAAUGCUAGGGAAAAAAAUGCUUCUGCUGCUGUAUAUUUUCCGUACUACUCUCUUGGAUGCUAGAUUUAUUAUAAGGUCAUUAUACACACUGUUGUAACUACAGGUAGCGUUUCAGGACAAAGUAGAUGAGUCAAAUCAUUUAUUGCUUUGGACAUAGCUUAGCCGCACUGCAAUCCACUGCAACGCAUCAACAAACGACUGGUGAGCGUCUGCUUGCUGUGGGAGGCUCAGUGGGAUCUUUUAUAACACGAAAUACAAAGUUGUCUAUUAACGAACUGUUGGGACACAAGUUGGAAGCUGAAAUAUAUCAACUGGUUCUGCUGCCACCUGCUUUGGAUGCUUCAUGUAAAUGACAAGCAAAUAUGAUCGGGAGAUUUUUUUUAAUUUUUAAGGUUACAUUUUAUGACGUUUUUGUUUGAUUUUUCAGAAAUGACCUGUACAGAAAGACUAUGUAUUGAAAAUGUAUGGGAACGAUAUGGGUUUUGGGUGUUUUUUUGUUUGGUAUUAUUUUUUUUAUUAUUAUUUUUUUUUGUCGUUUCGUUUUCUUUUUUUCCCCAGACAAGAUUGAAGUUCACUUAUAAAUGGAGCUACUGAGACACUCCUAAUUUUUUUUUUCUUUGAGUCAGAAAUCUCUCCAUUGGCACUGAGGAAAGGAAAGGAAAGCUACAAAUCGCUCAAAAAGGCGAAUUCUGAUGAUUGUAUUUGCGCUGAUGGGAUUUUUAACCUGCCGAUUGACCAAACUUUAUGCAGGAUUUGUUCAAAAUUUACUAAACACUUUGUCAUUCAAUUAAAAAACAAAUUGUAUACAA